ACGUUUACGCCAAAAGAAGAUCAAAAUCGCGCUCGUGAACUCGUUCAUGAUUCCCCCAGUGACAGUUGAACUGAUAGCGGAUUCUGAAGUUCGUCUCGGAUUCAGUGAUCUUGCGCAGGAUAAACUCUAGCCACAAUGACUUCAUCUCCAGUAAUCAACAGACUCGCUCGCAGCGAGCCCAGCUCGCCGCUUGUGAAUAUUCGCAACGAAAUGUUCUUCGUCGAGCCUGUGGUACCAAGACUUCAACGUAAAUUGAGUGCAACGAAGAAAUGUCAUACGUGCAGCAAAAUCGUGUACUUCACCGGCAUCCGAUGCAAGCACUGCGGUUUCCUGGCGCACGAGGCCUGCGCGGAUUCGUCUCCACCGCAUUCGUGCGUGACCAGUGUGCUCCGUCGAGCUCAACAGACAGCCUUCCCCUUCACGCCGGAGUCCAUUUCCGCAGCGAACGCAAUGAACGCUUCGGCGUCCGCACCGGUCUCCCCAAAGAGUCCGAGGUCCCCAAUGUCUCCGACGGAGUUUCUGAGGACCGCGUUCUCCUGGAUCAAGAACUCGAGGAAGAACGACACAAGAGCCUCGAUGAAAACUCCUCGGUCGACACGGAAAACCGAAAGCAAAGAAGCUCGCGCCGCCACUUGGGCUUCGCCCGAAACGGUGACCAGCGCCCUGGAAGAUGAGUCCUCCGAGUCCGAAUGGUGUAUCUCCGCGAAAGAUCUCCAAUUCAACAGUCUCGUGCGUAACGGACACGACAACAAGAUCUAUGAGGGUCAGUGGCACGGACCGGUCUCGAUCUACACGUUCCAGCGGUCGCAGGAUCUGUGGACACAAGUCAAUCGUCUGAUGCAGGUUCGUCACGAGAACUGCACCCUCUUCAUGGGCGCUUGCAUCGAGCGCAACAAUCUCGCGAUCGUGACCUCGCCUUGUGACGGACCCCAGGUCUCCGCAAUCCAGAGCCAGCUCCGACUCGACGAGAAGCUCGCUAUCGCCAACCACGUAGCGAACGGCAUGGGUUACCUUCACGCGAAGGGCAUCGUGCAUGGAAACUUCAACUCAGGAAACGUCAUCAUGGAAAAGCGACGAGCUAAAGUUUGUCUCCUCGAUCGGACUUUUCCCGAGGCGUUCGUGGAUCGUACCGACUACGGCUGUCUUCCGAAAUCGAUCUUAGCCUCCCUGGCGCCAGAAUUCGUCAAGACGAUCCACGUCAACGGGACCAAGGUCUCACCUCGCCAUCCCCACAGCCGAGAGGGCGAUGUCUACGCGUUCGGGACCUUCCUGUACGAGCUGUUCGCCGAUGAGACUCCGUUCGCCAACUUAUCCGCUACGGAGACCCUCUACAAGAUCGGCCACGGUCAGACCCCCGACCUUUCGUCAAAAACGUCGAUUCCCCGUCCGAUUCGCAAUCUGAUCGCGGAAUGCUGGUCGGUGCUCCCUCAGAGCAGACCGACCUUCAAACAGAUCGCUUCUUUCCUCCAAGAGAACAACUUCGUCUGUUCUCAAGGUCUCAACAAACGCCAUUGCGCGUCUACGCCGAAUAGCCUGAACUCGAUCGGUUGUUCCCUCGUUGGAUUCCAUUUGUAA